AUGCGGCAAAAGAUAUUUUUGCUGUUGCACGCACCAGAUAUCUUUACUGAGGUCCGCGAAUGGAAGCAUGCUCAAAUGAAACGCUACGCCGUCACCCCUUACAGCCUGGCACAGAUGCAAAAGCGAUCCGAGCCAAUCGAGAGGAUGAUCAUGUCUUUAAUGGAUCAUCUGGCAAAUUAUGCGACCGAUACUCCCAAAGACUGCAAUCUUGGGAACCUGUUACAUUACUUUGCUUUUGAUGUGCUUGGAGAAGUCGCCUUCUCAAGGAGUUUCGGAUUUCUGGAGGCCGAGGUUGAUGUUGAAGGCUCAAUUAAGAAUAUUGAUGAUGUGCAAUGGUACGACGGGAUUGUAGGGCACAUUCCCGAGUUCGACAUCCUGUUUCGAAACAACCCAUUAAGACCAUUUCUGCCCUUUUGGAAGCCAAGUCCGACGACGAUGACUAAAAUUGCUGUUGAAGAACUCGAGAAGAGAAAACAAUCAGACGGCACUUACGACUCGUCCGGCAUUGAUCUCCUGGCAGAAUUACUCCGAGCACAUGAAGGAAACGCCGAGAAGUUCAGUGUGAACGAUGUUUUCAGCAUUGCUCAUGGUGCGGUGUUUGCCGGAUCUGACUCCACGGCUUCGACGAUGCAGUCUUUCUUUUACCUGGUAUUGAACAACCCAGCUGUCUAUUCGAAUUUGAAGGAAGAAAUCGACAAGGCGCAGCAAUCCGGAGGAUUAUCGGAGAUUGUCACAUAUGCUGAAGCGCAGAAAUUGGACUACUUCCAAGCGUGCCUGAAGGAGGCAAUGCGAGUACGGCCGGCCGUUGGGUUGGGGAUUUACCGCAAUGUGCCACCGGAGGGGGUUGAGAUCGAUGGGAAAUUUUAUCCCGGAGGGACCGAGGUUGCGGUAAAUGGCUGGGUUUUGCACCGAGACAGGACAGUCUUUGGAGAUGACGUUGAAGUCUUUCGCCCUGAGAGGUGGUUUGAACGCGACGCGAAGCUCAUGGGCUCUCAUCUUUACCAGUUCGGCGGUGGCAGUCAUCUUUGCAUCGGGCGUAACCUUGCACUCUUUGAGAUGAACAAGGCCCUCAUCCAGAUCCUCAGAGAAUUCGAGAUCACACUGCUGCAUCCUGGACGACCACUGCAGUAUCAUUCUACGUUUUUCGUUGUGCAGGAAGGCCUUGAGGUUCAUGUUCAGAAACGAAGUCAGAAGUAG